GUGUUUAAUAUUAAACUUAAUUAUGUGCGAUAAUUGCUGUCAGAUCAAUUCACGGCAAUUACCAUACUACAAAUUAGUGAAAUCUAACGCCCGUUCGAAUCAAUUAAUACUGUCAAGAAAAAUGGUCCAAAAUGUGAACGAAUGUAGAAACUUCGCUUCGAUCAAGAAAGCUUUGGCAUUUAAUUAUGGUAUAGAAGAUGAUGAUUACGAAUUGAAUAUUGGCAUUCAGAACAAAAGAAGAAGAAGAAAAAGGAGAAUGUGCCAAGCACUUGAAUGCCCUGAAAUUUACAACUUUACUACACUUGUGAAAGAUAAAAAUUAUAAAUAUUACAGCACAUAUCCAAGCAUUAUAUCAACUGGUUCUAACUUUACAUUGGCCUGCAUCCCUAAAGCAGGAAUAUUUGUAUUUUCAAGCGAUAACUUGAAUUACAGCCAAGCACAAACAGCUUGCCAAAAAAUAAAUGCAUCACUUGCUCACAUAAUUAGUGAGGAACGUACUAACGGGGUCGCAAAAUACAUUUUGCCAAACACUCCUACUUUUAUCGGACUCAGUAACCGUGAAUCACUUUCAUGUUUUAAUUAUCGAGCAUGGGGAAAGGGACAACCAUCACAUUCAAAGGGAUGUGUCACUCUUGUACAACAAUUAGAAUUUGGACCUUUUUGGAAUGUUGUUCCUUGUAAUAGCGUAUUAUCUUUCAUCUGCGAAAUUUCGCCAAUGUAUAAAUAUUUAUAUAGCUAAAAGAUCCCAAAUUUUUAAAUAAAUAACUGUAAUUUAAUUAUUAAUUAAUUAUAUGUGUAAAACCUAUAAAUAUAUAGAAUUAAACAUAUUGUUUAUGAAAAAAUAUUUGAAAUAGAUAUUAUAACAAUAAAGUAAAAAAAUAAAAUUUUAAUUAUUAAUUUAUUUAUAACAUUCGGAAUUUUAAUAUAAAUAUGAAUAUAAAAUAUAGAAAAGAAAAAAAAAUAUAUUGUAACAUUUAAUAAAUAAAAUAUUAAAGCAUAUAAUGAAAAGGAUAAGUUGAUACAUUAAAGAUACAAAUAUCAAUUAUGUACAGAAGUUUAAUAUGUGAUUAC